AUGCUGUCAGAAGGUUACCUUUAUGGAAUUGCCUACCUUUGUGAGGACCUAAACCCUGAGCUCCACAGCAAGACUUCGGCUGAGGAAAUGGUGUAUGAAAUGAGCUCCAUUAAUAAUUCUUCCACAGAGGAAGCACAAGGAAAAACCCUUCUUCAGAGGUGCAGAUCUGCUGGCAAGUGCAUUUCCUCAGUCUGCUCUAGAGGCAGCAAACACAGCAGAAGGCAGAAGGAUAAUCUCCUACAGCCUACACAGCAGCCCGCACGGGCAGGGCAGCCAUCUCCAGCUCCGCAUGCCUGCGAGGGGCUAACAAGAAAAGACACCUACCUGGUUCCAUCUUCCUGCAAAAGCAUUUGCAAGAACUACAAUGAUUUGCAUAUAGCUGGGGACUAUGUGGUGCCUAUUAGCUCAGUCACGACAGAUUUUACCUGUGACAGCGGCAUAGGCCCCUUCUUGGAGUCGUCAGAGAUUCCUCCUCCCAUGGAGUCCAUGAGGGUCCCCCCCAGCGACACCAACCGCAAGCCAGUCCAAGGCUACUCCUCGUGCUGGCGGAUAGCGAGCUUAGUGCCCCACCAGCAGCCCCUCUCUGACUCGGCCCUGAACGACUACCUUGAACAGAAGCUGGUGGAACUGUAUAAACAGUACAUCAUGGAUAACACAGCAAACAGGGCAUCCCCAACUCAGAUCCUGGCCUCGGAGCUUAUCAUGACUAAUGUGGAUCAAAUCAGCCUCCAGAUAUCACGGGAGAGGAAUAUGGAGACCACUAAGGCCAAGGACAUUGUCAUUAGCCGCUUCUUACAAAUAGCCAGUGGAAAGACGUACUCAGAAAUCAGCACACCCAGCCUGCAUAUUUCCCAGUACAGCCACAGUAAUGCAUAG